AUGCAAGCCAUAAUCAGAAUCAGGAAAGUUAUAUAUUACUUUCUUUUUUAUUUUGUWAAUAACAUUGAAACCAUAUUUURUUAUKUUGAUUCAGCACCAUCRAUGACACCUUCMAACUUUGCUGUUAMGUCCCUAACYUCRCUAUCUUUAACGGUCACAUGGGGUGAGAUCCCACCAGAAGGUCGGAAUGGAAUCAUUCUAGGAUACUACAUUUUUUUCAAGAACAGUACAUCACAGAAUGCACCAGAAACCCAGGUGGUAGUGCCAGGAAACUCAACUUUCAAACACACUUUAAAGAACCUGAAGUAUGAUGCAUAUUUUUUGUCUGUGGCUGGAUAUACAAGAAUUAAUUUUGGUCCUAGAACAUCGUCCAUUAAAGCAGAACCACUUGGAGGAGCUCCAUCAAAGCCAGAGGAAUUUAAAGCCACAGUAAUGAGUUCCACAUCCGUUCUCCUAAAAUGGGAUCCUCCCAAGAAUCCUAACGGAAAGAUUAUCAAAUACACAGUCAAAUAUGGUGUUGAUCAGCAACGACUUUCAAAAGUAGUACAAACAAAAGGCACAGUACAACAGGUCUUCRUCAAAAACCUUGAAGAGUACACAAAAUACUAUUUCCUUGUUUAUGGUCACACAAACCAUAUGACUGGACAKUCAUCCCAGAUAGUUUCUGCAAAGACUUUUGAAGAUGUACCUGGCGAGACUCCAGUAAUUAUUUCAUCCAAAGCACGAGAUGCUUAUACUGUKUUUAUUUCGUGGGACAAGAUAUCAACUGCAGAAUCCAAUGGCAUAAUUAAAGGAUACAUAGUGUUUUACAACACAACUGGACAAUCAGGGUAUCGCAAUAAAACUAUUAGUGAUGGAGAGAAGCUAAGUACAGAAAUUACAGGACUAACUCCUUAUACUCAAGUGUGUGUCAAGCUAGCUGCAUUUACUAAGAUUGGUUUAUCUAAGAACUGGGAUAAGGAAUCAUGUACAUAUGUACGUACCCAGCAAACAGGUCCAAGUGCUCCUUUAGAUGUGGUAUUAAAACCGAAGACUUCCACUUCAAUAGAGGUAUCUUGGAAGAAACCUAAAACAUCGAAUGGAGUCAUCAAAAAGUACAUGAUCUUCUAUGGAGAGCACAAGGACAACUUUGCCCRUUUUGAUGUAGGAGGGCAAAACUAUGAUUAUGAGCUUAAAGGUCUUAAAAAGUUUACUACAUACUACAUUCAAGUACGUGGAGAAACAACGAAAACUGGAAAUGCCUCAGAUGUAAAGUCUGCCAAGACCCUUGAAGAUGCACCAAGUGCUCCAGUAAAGUUUAAAGGUAGAGAUAUGUCAGAUAAGAGCAUUGCACUGUUUUGGUCCAAACCAAAARAAACCAAUGGUAUUAUUCGCCAAUACACCAUUAAAGUAUAUGAGGAAAAGACACGUGAGAAAGUUGGUAAUACUAUUGUCUUGCCUAGUCAUAAGGGCAUUGAUCUUKUAAGAGAACAUAUUUAUGUGGUGUCUGGGUUAAAGCCUUUCACAGAGUAUUUCAUGACCAUCCAGGGCGUCACAAUAAAACCUGGUGAACUUGCAAACUGUACUGCAAAGACACAGGAAGGAGGAAUAUCUCCACCAAGAAUAGUAUCGCAAUCCUCAACAAUAAUUACGCUCAAUUUGCAAGAUAUCAAUCUGCAAUGUACAGUAACUGGGUAUCCUGAACCAGAUAUAAAAUGGUACAGAGGAGACAAAGAGAUUACAGUUCCUGGGUGUAAUGUGACCAUUAGGCCAAUGAAUAUCAAAUGUGAAGGAAAAAAGCAUACAAUUGAAAAAAUUGUUGUCGUACCACACAAGAGAUACCAAGGUUUAUUGAAAAUAUUAAAGGCAACAUAUCAAGAUGAUCAUGGAAUAUAUCGCUGUGAAGCUGUGGAACAAAAAGUUGGAUCGGCAGAAGCUAAUAUUUCUGUUGUUAUUCAAGUGGGGCCCAAAAUUGACAAUAGAACGAAUACAGUAGUACCAGCAUUGAAAAAUACAGCUGCUAAGAUGGUAUGCUCCAUUGAGAAGAGUAAUCCAGAACCCACUUGGACCUGGGAAUUCCAAAAGCGAAUUUGUGUGGCACUAAAAGGAAAAACUGAAUGUGUACCAAAUGCUGAUAGCUGGGGUCCUCUUCCCAAAUUUCACGCACUUGAACCUACAUGUGGUCUUCCUGCAAAACAAAGCACUGUUAAUGUCCCAAAGGAACAAGGACAAGCAUUUUACCGAUGUAUUGCUAUCAAUAAAUUUGGCUCAGAUAACUUUACAACCACGUUACUUCGUGCUGACUAUGGAUUUGUGAAGAUAUUAACCUCCAAAGUGGCACUUACAUAUGCAGCAGGAAUACAGCCAAUUAAAAUUGUGUGUGACAUCUUCAAGCACUAUAGUCGGGCAUUGGGUGUUCUUUGGUUCAGAGGAAAGAAGCAAAUCUCUCCUGACACUGAUGACAGAAUUCAAGUAUAUCGAGCUAACAGUGCAGAAGAUUCCUAUGAUAGAUUUGUCUUUUAUCUUAUUAACACAACAGUAGAAGACUCUGGUAUCUAUGCAUGCAGUACACCGGCAGAUAGGGAUACGAAUGACACCAUCAGAUUCACUAUAAAACCGGCAUUCAAACCAAAUAUUACCAAUCUGUCCAACGUCACAGCCAACCACUACUCCAACAACCAAACGAACAUCGAGCUCACCUGUCAUGUGACUGCUAACCCGAAACCUAUUAUUACAUGGAGUAAAAAGGAGUCUACUCUCACGUCGUUGGAAAAAAGGCAAAGUUGUGAAAACUCAGGCGGUGGUUAUUACCUGAAGAGUACAUUCAAGGAGACUGGUAACGUGCUACUGAUUUGUGAUGCUGACAAUCGACACACUGGUUUGUACACUUGCCAUGCACAGAACGAGAAAGGAUAUGACGUAAAGACUGCCUAUGUGAACGUACUAAGUAAGUCAUAA